UGGACAGAAAGGUGUGACCUAACCAAAAGCGUGUGGAACAGCAGAAGGGGGAAAGAAAGCUCAGUAUGAGAUAUAUCCUACUUGAGGACAGCACGGUACUAGGGUACAUAGACUAAAGAUGAUUCAUGCUCAGAUUUUACCAUGGAUGAGGCGUUGGUGAUGAGGCUCCAUCAAGAGGUGGAAGAAGCUGCCCAAUUAACAAUGAAGAUGCACAACGAAACAGAAGGGUUGAGGGCAGCGAUCCAAAGAGCAGAUCUUCAAAUCAAUACCUUGAAUGCAAGACUUUUUGAUGCGCUCGCUGUAAACAGGACUCUUGAGACCAAAAUAGAUCAACUGGAGGAUGUGUUGAAGAAGGAGAAAUUGGAGAAGCAGGAGGCUCUGAACAGGGCCAAGGAUCUGGAGGCAAAGGGCGAGGCAUUCAGGAUGGCUGGGGAGAGAUACCGGUGCAUGCUCGAUGAACUUACCAAGGAAAUGGAGUCGACCGGUGAGACGUUGAACGAAGCCCUGUCGCAGCUGGACAAACAGGAAGAGUGUGGGAGAGCAAGACGGCGGCAUGCAGAGUCCCGUUUCGCAGAGGCGCAGGAAAUGAGGGCCAGGGCUGAGUGGGCCGAGGCAGAGCUAGAGAGGAUGUACAUUUGGGAGGGGCAGUGGGAACAGAUGAAGCGGGAGCUGUACCAUGAGAGAGAGUGCUUGAUAAACGAGUUGACAAAGUGGCGAAUGGCACAACAAGGGGGUGCUCGGCGUGCAGCUGCCGAUGGCGAUGUGAAAAUGGCAUGCUCUCUGGAUAGACAUACUCAGAGGGUAGCGGGCGGAGAGAGCGAAAGAGAUUUGAAGCACGAUGUGGGUGCAAAUUGGAUGGCAAUGCGUACAGCAGUCGAGAUAUAUGCACGCAGGAGGGAAUCGAGGAGGACGGGUGGAAAGGGUGUGGCACAUCACGUUUUAAAAGAGAGGCAGAUGGGAAUGAUCAGGGACAACGAGCUGCGAACGUCGCAGCUGCAGAAUUCCCAUGGGGAUGUGGGGCUAGGUUCUGGCGGUAACGAAAGAAGUGAUUUAUGUUAUGCAGCAGAGGAGGGGAGCAUUCGUGUUCAGACGAAUGACACAAAUUUAGUGGAAAGGAUGGCACAGAUGAGGUCGGAGUUGGCGGUCGUGAGCACGGAAAAGACGUUGAGAGAGAGAGAGCUUCUAGAUAAGCAAGGAGAGGCUGAACGACUGUCUGAGGAGUUGGUACAAACCAUGGAGGAGCUAACUAGGAGUCGACAAGAGGUGCACGCCUUGGCGAAACGUUUUGAUGAUGUUGAUUUAGCAGUGAAGGAGCUCGAAGCUCUGAAAGCCGAGAUGGCACGACUCAUUCAGAAAGAUGAGAAGAGGCCAGUGCAGCUGAGUGCAAAGGAUUGCCUGUUACCUGAGCUUGGAGUGAAAGGCGACCAUCCCAGUGCUGUGAUGAGUCAUUGUGAGGACCACGAUGUUUGUUUGCAGCAGUGUGAACUCUGUGAUAGGAAAACACAGUGUGAACAACAUGAUGAUGAUGAUGAUCAUCAUCAUCAUCAUCAUCAUCAUCGGGAACAAUGGAGGUGUGAGAAUUCAGUUGAAUGCACGAUACACAGAGGUGAACCUCAAGCUCAGUCAGGAUUGAGAAAUGAGGAGCACCAUCUGACAGGUUCAGAUGUGGCCAGGCAGCAGGAUCAAGGAACUGCUUGCCAGGAAACAAAGGCGGGAUUCGCCCAACAACAAGCUGUUUCUGUAGAUAGUCAACGGAGUGAACGGGGCAUGGGGGAUGUACAUGCAGAAGAAAAGGUUGAAGAUGCAUCCAGGAGACCGUCAUCAUCGGAUGCACAAGGGGGAGAGAUUAGCGGUGGGCAAAUCGGGGAGGAGUCGCCGUAUGAGGCAGAGGGAAAAGCUAGCAGAAUGUCAUCAGGUGUGGCGAGGCAGGAGCGGCUGCCGCAGAGAGAUGUAAGUGCCGUGCUCACUGUGCAGUGUGGUCCUGGAAGAGUCAUCGAGAUCGCGCACAGAGCGAAUGCAGGUCAAAAGGAAAUGGCAGCUGUCGCUGGGAGGGCCAUUGAGCCAGUAGGAAGGUGUCCCAAGUGUAGGUCUGUGGGGCCUUCGAAAUGCAGCGAGGCCAUCAAGAGACUGGGUGAGGGACUUGCAGGGAAUGAGAAAAUGAUGUUUGAUGUCGGCAAAAUGAUCGAGAUGCUGAAAAACACACAACACCAGUUGGGGAGGAUGGCUGAAGAUUCCUUAAUGCGCGUGGUGAAAAUGGAAAAGAAGCUCCAAAGGAGUCACAGCUUUGACAAGGCAGUGGGGGACGGUCCACGGGCAGAAGCUUCCAUAUUGGAGAGGACACUCCGAUGCAGUGAAGAGUGUGGUGAGGAGGUGGAUGGGAAUUUGGUGAUGCAGGAGGAGAAAAUGAGGGAGGAUUGCCAAAGAAGUGAAGAUUGUGGGACUUCCACGGAGGUGGAAGUUCAUGAGCUAUCUAGUGAGAGAAGAGAAGAGCAAGAAAUUCAGCAACACGUUGCUGCGGAACAAGAGGAUGCACGCACCGGGAUCUGUGAGUCAGCUGUUACAUCGGGGAUGGAUGUGGACAGCAGCAUGACGAACGGAACGCAACAGAAGCCAACACAUCAUCCGCAUGUAAUGGGGAGCGAAGGCGUGAGGAAACACGUCGAUGAAGAAGAACAGUAUAAGAGGCAGCGAAACAAAGAGCUGGCAGUGGUCGAUGAAGAGGUAGCAGACGGAGUUGAGGCGAUCCAGAGGCUAAAAUAUAACCUGGAGGUCUAUGUUGAGGUGCUCCUUUCACGAGAGAAUAACAUUAAGGAUUUGAGGGACAUUCUCGCCAGUAUGGAUGCCGCUGAGGACAAGGAAAAGGAAGUUGAGGUAGCAGACGACUUAGUGCUCAGACUGGAGAAGUGGUUUCGGAGGGUUGGAAGGGCGGAGGAGGGGAGGUCAUUAUGCAGCACAUUAGCCAGAAAAUCACCACGAGGCUCAUUGUGUGGUGUUUUGAUGGAAACCAACGUCAAUGAAAUGAGCAGGGAAGCUGCAGGAAUGGGGCCUGACUACUACCUCGCUUGCACCGAGGAACAGGCGGAAGAGAAACAGCGCAAGCGGCAAGUCGCUGACAGCUCAUGGAUGAAGGGUAUGAAGGAUAUGGCGAGGUGGUUCACCUGGAGGGGAUUGGACAAAGUGCAUAUGGAUGACGAGAGGGGGACGGAGAAGGGCGGAAACAAGGCCCGACAUAGGGCGUUUGCAGAUGCAAAGAUGGCACACUCAUGUUGUUUCGCUAACCAUGGGAAGGCCGUUGAGGGUCAGCGGCCAAUGAGCUCAAAAGAAGUGAAUGAGAUGCCAAGUGCUGACAUGGAUGCUGACGUAUUUGUUGUAAGACAGGCCAAUCAUGUUGCUAGAGUCGGUGCCAUUGUAGAGGAGACCCUCUUUUUGGCUCAAUAUGGAGCUCGGAUUGAGGAGGUGGUUGCAAAGCUACUGCUGCAAUUGGAGCUGGAAGAACUGAGGGCAGCCAAGAUGAUGCCAGUGGAGAGAGGGAUUUCUAGGAGGUUGAUGAUCGCUUUGGAGAAUUUACAAAACAGGGCAGAAGUAAAGCUCAAUCUGGUAGAAAGGAUGAAGAAGGCGAUGAGCCCGGGAAAACGGACUGGAGCCCACACAAGGCAGAAGAUGGUGACGAGAGAAUGUGCUACAACAAAGUUAGCAUCUGAUGGAUUUGCAGAUUUUGAGGAUGUCCACAACCCCGACGAGUCGAUACAUCUGCAGGUGGAACUUCACGCUUCCAGAAAACGAGCCGUAGAUUUAUCUAGGAAAACAGAACAGCUCGACAAGAUGAUUGCCGAAAAGGAGCGCCAUGUGAAGGAGUUGAUGGCAAGGCUGGAUGAACUGAAGAGAGAACAUGCCAGGCUUGUGGAGAAGGAAGAAUGUGAUUCUUCUGAGUCUGAGUUUGUAGAGGUCUGCACGGGCUCAAGAAGAGGAACAUCUGAGAGUCUCGGACAAGGAAACGCGGUGAGAACAGCAGGAGCCACAGAGGAAACAAUAUGGGAACUUGUGGUGGGGGUCGAAAGCCAAAGUAAGGGUAGUGGAAAGAAGAGGAGACCUUCAUGGCGGGAAGAGCUCCAUGGACUCGUCAUGGAGUUGGAUCGCGAGAAAUCGAUGACUUGGGCCUUGCAAUCGCAGGUUGAGGCAUUGCGAAAGCAGGCAACGGAUAUGGAAGCUUUGUCCCAGCAGCCGUUAAGCAUCAUUGCAAGGCUUCAGGAGUCUUUGGGAAUUUCCGAAGCAGAGAUUGUGGAGCUGGUGGAAGUUGUGGGAAAGCAGGAGGAGGAAUUGACGAGAGCAAACAGGGAAGCGGAGAGGAUGCAGAGCGAGAUGUCCAUGAAAAACAAGGCGGAGGACACUCUGCUAUCGCGGAUGAAAGAGAUGGAGGCAGAGCUUGAACGAAAGAGCAAGGAGCUGCUGGAGUUGAAGAAGGACAUGCAGAGGCGAGAGAGCAGUCAGCAGCAAGAUAGCCAGGGUUGCGACACGUUGUUAGAAGCGGGGAAGUCGUGUAGCGAAGGGGGAAGUCAGGCGCUGAUGUUCAGGACGGAUGCAGUGAGCAUCGACGACGAAAGAGUCAAGUCCUUGGAGAUGAUCGAAGCCAAGAUCAAGGAAAAGGAGGGACGGGAAAUCUUUCUAGAGUCAGCGAUCUUGCGGAUGAAGGCCGAUCUUCAAUCCAAGGACAUGGAGGUGACAAGGCUUCAGGUUGUGCUUGCAAAGACGCAGAAAGAGUGCGAAGAGCUCAGGAUGGAAUCGCAAAAGCAAGAGGAUCGGGCAUGGAAAAUGCUGGAAAUGGUCGAGCAGAUCUCAGAGCUCUCUACCAAGGUGAUGCACGCAGAGGCGGAGAAGAACAGACAGAAGCGACUUUUGUCGGAACUCGAGUACAAGUUGGAGACCAUGGAGGCAAAGAAGGCUAAGACGGAAAGCAAAAUGUUUGCCAGAAAGCUCAAGUACAAAGCUCUUACAUGGGCUCUGGAGCAGCUGAAGAGGGAGAUGGGGGACGUUAAGAGGGAAAGAGAGAGUAUGGAGCUAGAGUUGGAAGAGACUAAGUCCGAGCUGCAACGGAAGACGCGGGAGAUUCACUGGAAAGACAGAGAGGUGUAUAAUCUACGGGGGCGUGUGAAUGACUUGGAGGUUGCUUUGGGAAGGAGCAGGGGAAGAGGAUGGGCAAAAACAGACGCACCGGAGGAGUCUGCAAUGCUCAGAAGGGUUCCAAGGGAAACUGAACCAGCUAGAUGCAGGUUGGGCUUCAAAGUGGAAAGGGAGGGGCCAGAGGAAACGAGGACUCACAUCGACCAGAGGUCUAGCGUACAGCCAUUGAGUGAGAACAAUGGCCUGCAUACAACCGUAGCCGAAUCAGGAAGGCCAAAGAGUGGUCAGGGAUGAACGAAUGCGCGCUGCAGCUAUGUGGUUUAAGCUAUGAAGUCAG